CGCGCGCAUGUCCGGAAGUCGUGACCACGUGGAGCCCGCGGCUAAAAGCAACGCGGGGCCUCUUUUGUGGUGGUGGUGUCGGCGGCUCCCUCCUCGCCAAGCGAAGUUAAGCGCCCGAGACGCCCGCAAACCACAGCUGUUACAGGUUGCAACAAUGCCAAAAAGGUCCACUGCGAAAAAUGCCAGGGCAUUUGGCAAACCGAAAAAAAAACAAAGAUGACAAUUCCUGCACAGCCAAGAAGGUCAAGGCGGUGGUGGAGAGCGGUGGCCAGCAGCAGCAACAGGAGGCCGACGUGACGGGCAUCCUGGACUUCUCAUCUCCCGACCGACUCUUCUCCAGCUUGAUCGCUCCCGUCAGCACGUCUGACUUUUUCCAGCAGCACUGGGAGCGCGGCCCAUUGGUGCUGCACCGCUCGGACGCCCGUUAUGCCAGCUGCUACUCGCGACUCUUCCGCCUGCAGGACCUGGAGGACAUCUGUACGCGUCGCAACGUGGCCUACGGCGAGGACAUCAACCUGUGCCGUUACGUGAAGGAGACGCGGCAUUCGCUGAACAAGAGCGGCCGCGCCACCUACCCGAAGCUCCAGAAGGACUUCGAGCAGAACAAGUUCACCUUCCAGUUCCAUCAGCCGCAGCGCUUCAAGGAUGAUCUGUGGCAGAUCCAGGAGAAGCUCGAGAGUUUCUUCGGCGCCCUCGUGGGCUCCAACGUGUACGUGACACCGCCAGGAAGCCAGGGGCUGGCUCCUCAUCACGACGAUGUGGAGGUUUUUAUUCUGCAGCUGGAAGGAGAGAAGCACUGGCGUCUCUAUACUCCGCUGGUGCCACUCGCCAAAGCGUACAGCCCAGACCUGAGCCAAGUCGCAAUUGGUCCUCCGACACAUGAAUUCACUCUGCGGGCCGGAGAUUUGCUGUACUUCCCUCGGGGCACGAUCCACCAGGCGGAUACACCAGCAGGCGGCUGCCACUCCACGCACCUCACCAUCAGCACCUACCAGAACAACACAUGGGGAGACCUCCUGCUGGACACUCUGCCGGCCCUCGUGACCGAGGCCUCGCGGGCCGAGAUUUCGUUCCGUCGCGGCCUGCCACGCCGCUUACUGACGGGAAGUGGCAGCGAGGAGUCGGGCAGCAGCGAGAGAAUCGCCGAGCUGCUGGGGACGCUGUCGAGGCGGAUGUUGGGCUCUCGCAGUCUGCAGGCGCACAGCAUGAAACGCGACUUCGUGGCAAACCGCCUUCCGCCCUUUCACCCGCCUGACUGCCAACCGGGCAGCCCUGUUGGGCCUAUCCCCAAGUUGCAGCACUGGGUGAGGAUGCUGCAUGCAGACCACAUGGCCUUAGUAGUCGACAAGCCGCCGCGCGAGGAGGUGGGAGCAUGCACUUGUGGUGAAGAGGUCUGCGAGGUGGUAUUUGUUUACCACUCGCUCCUCAACUCGAGGGAGAGGCACAUGAUGGGAUCACCAACGGAGGAGGUGGAAGAGGUGCGUGGGCUGCGUCUGGCCCUAGUUCACCUGCCCGCGCUGCGCCAGCUGAUGACGGGGGCGACCGUGCGUGUCAGGGAACUGCCGCUCGCAGGCGACGCCGAGCGCGAGCAACUCGUCCUCUCGCUCUGGUCCGAUGGGCUCUUGGUGGCGAGCCCCAACGAGGCUUGAGAUUUGCGCAGAAUGUCAAACGUCGGUCGGUCGUUACACGCAGGAGGAGGAAACGCUGCCGACCUCCGUUAGUGCGUUUUGGCAGUGCUGUGAACAUGCGGCGUGCCCCCCCUGAAAGUCCAUUAUUUGCCGUCUGAGCACAGGGGUGCGAGACGGAUGCUGGAAUUUCGCAGCAAGACACGGGAUAAGCGAGUGUUGAACGCCAGAAGAGAACGUGGCAGAUAAGUGUUGUAGAUAUGAUCUGGUAAAAACAGUUGCGCUUGGAGGGGGACUUAUGCAGGGCGGUGGAGGGGGAGGUGACUGAGAUGACAUUGGAGUGGUCUCCACGAGUCUACCAUCAGAUGUUGGGGAGACUGUUAGGGGCAGGUCUUGGAGGUCACAUGUCUACUCUGCAGCGGCUGCAGGAUCUGAUCAAAGAUAGAAAGCAUUGGUGAUGUGGCUUUGGCCACGAUUGUCCUCUUGGUCUUGUGACACUGUAUGGUUGACUGGUUUAUUGAGUUUUCUAUAUUGCAGCUGUAACAAUACUUUGUUCCCCUGUACUACUCCACAUCCCGCAUAAAUAGCCACUGAAUUAGGGAUGCACCUGCUCAUUCACUUAGCUGAGCAGGUUAACACAACGUUUACAGUGUUUGUCGUGCCGAAUUUAAACAUCGUCCACGGCCCAAAUGUGUUUUAUUUAUUUUCUGAUAUUGUCUAAUGAAGAUAAUAGGUCAGAAAGUUAACAAGCGUGAAAAAAAGGAAGGCUUCUAAUGAAUUGUGAAUGCUGGUGGUGCUGUCAUUGAUAUUAAAAAGAAAAACUUUUACCAAAGAACUGUGGAGAAUUUGACAGCAGUCGUGGUUCAAGGAGAAUAAUAACGCUGCACAUUCGCAACAGACAUGACAAAAGCGGUUAGCACACGUGUCCAGUAUGCAGACAGCUCAAAGAAUCUAAACUCGUUUUCCCAACGACAGACAUUGACAACAAACUGAAUAAAUAUUUGUGAGUCAGUGGUGUUCGCAAUAUAGAAUUUAAAUUGAUUGUCAAAACUUUGCAAUGAAUAUACAAUUGCACAUGUGUUGUGUAACACAAAACAUUUGAAAUGGCGGUUUUCACCAUUAAACGCUUUUAUUUUGUGUGACAUCCAC